AUGCUUAAGCUUGUAGAAGGAAAUUUAUCAGACCCUUACAAGAGCAUAAAGCAGGUCUAGUGGAAGUGAUGAAGAAAGAAUGCCUUAUCUGACAAAAUGAAAAACCUGCACAUAAACUGCGAAACGAUCUUAUCGAGUGGUUUGUGGAAAGCUGCCGCUCUGCAUCGGCAGCUACCGACUACUCUACAAAGGAGCGGCAUCAGCAGUUUGUUGACGGUGGUGAGGAAGCAAGGAAUGGUGGAAGGAUGGAGGGGAAGAGAUAGUAAUUGUGAGUGUAUAAAAAGUGUACUGGGUGGACACCGCCUUCUGCCGUUUGCGCUCAAAGAUAGCAGGCCGAUUGAGCAGAAGUAG